GGACAUAGUCGGCUUGGGCGCAUUGCGCACGUCAUGUCGUCGCGGCAUUCUAACCUUAAAUUUUAGAUGAACACCUCUGCAUUGCUACAUAUAUUGCAUUUAUUGCAAACGCAAAUUGCCUACUGUUAUUUACAUCCACGGGAUGCUACAUUGCAACCGUAAAUUAGGUUAAUUGUACUGCUAGGAUUAUAAGUGUAUCCAAAACAGAAUUUGUCCUAAUUAUUUCUUAUUUUACCAUACCCAAGAUAAAUAUCAGGAGCUCGAAGAAUGUCUACUACAGUGAUCGUUGCGGGACUAGGGUUGGCUGCUGUUGGUUUUGCUGGACGUUACAUUGUUAGAGCCAUGCCGACGCUGUCCCAAAAGAUGGCUGAGGCAGUUAAGGGCAUGCCCAAACUCGACGCACAGUCACUUGCAAACAGUCGGUACUACAAAGGAGGAUUUGAACCCAAAAUGACGAAAAGAGAAGCCAGCCUUAUCUUGGGAGUAUCACCGACCGCCAGCAAGUCUAAAAUUAAAGAACAUUUUAUGAAAGUUAUGUCUGCCAAUCAUCCGGAUCGAGGUGGUUCACCGUACUUAGCUGCUAAAAUUAAUGAAGCCAAGGAUCUACUUGAAAAAUAGUAUUUUCAGUUAUAUAGCUAUUAGUAUUCUAAUUAAUUUCAAAUAGUAUCAUUGAAUGCAAACCAAAUUUGAGCAUACUAUUUCAGAUUGAUUUGCGACUUAUGUAUAGAUCAAUUUAAAUAGGAAUAAAUAAUUAUUUUUUGGA